AUGGAAACCCUCGUCAUUGUCCGACCAAACGCAUCAGUGCUGAUCGUCAUGCAAUGUUUCGCCGCAAAGCUCGAGCAGCAACUACCUAGUAGUUGGUUGGCUGCCGGUUCGGGUUCAAAGGACACGCGCGACACCGGAAGCGCGGAAUGCAUCCUUAUGGGCAACUGUCUUUUGCCGAUGCGAUCGGAAUCACGUUUCAACACCGCCAAACGCCUCCAGGGCGGUACCGUACGUGACUGGCUGCGCGAGGCCAAACACAUUGACCGAGACAAGUCGAGGAGAUGGCGAGAAACUGGUGCCGUCGGUCAGCCAGUGGUCCGCGCAAACCCGGUCCAGCCCGUCCAACCUGCUCAUGCAAGCCUCAACACCCCGUUGGUGACUGACGUGCUCACAUCUGAGUAA